UUUCUUUUUAAAGUUUAUUUUUCAGAAAAUACCAUAUACUACGAUUAAUGGAGGAAGCGUCCCCAUGAUGAUAUUGUCAGUGUUUUCGAUGAUCACAUUUACUUCCGUAUACGGUUUUGAUUCAGUUUGGACGGAGUGGUGGUGGACAUAUGACGGGUUUUCAGGGCCAGCCUGGUGGGGGACCAAGUGGCCGAUAUGUACGAUGGGCAGGUACCAGUCACCCAUUGACAUCCUGCCAGACAAACUGCUCUUUGAUCCUAACCUUACAGGCGUGGUGUUUUCCAGCGAGAAAAAGAUCAAUGGAAAUCUAACAAAUACCGGAAAUGACAUCACGCUGUUUGUCGAUGACGUCAUAGUGCCGCUUAUCAACGCCACUUCCGGUCCGUUACAGUACGUGUAUCACCUGCACCAUAUAAAGCUUCACUUCGGCCACGACGAAGCCAGUGGGUCAGAACAUACUGUCAACGGACAGGCCUUUCCCGCCGAGAUUCAGCUCUACAUGUUCAAUGCAGACCUUUAUGCAAACUAUACCCAAGCUAUGUCAUCACCCAAUGGCUUAGUCGCAGUCUCCAUAUUUUUAGAGGUUGGCAAAAUUGGAAACGAAGCGUAUACAAUGAUAUCAAAUGCUCUGACCCAUAUACCAACAAAAGGACAGCAACAUCGCGUUCAUGGUCUACCGUUGUCGGUCCUCCUCCCCCAAACAAAGGAGUACAUCACAUAUGAGGGGUCCCUCACCCAACCCCAGUGCCAAGAAACGGUGACUUGGGUCAUCUUCAACAAGCCAAUCUAUAUCACUGAGCAGCAGUUGACACAACUUCGCAAUGUGAAUAAAGAAGGUGGGAGCCAUCUUCUAAUAUUUGGAAACAUCCGUCCGUCCCAGCCGAUGUAUAAUAGACUCGUCAGGACAAACAUUAACUUUCGACCUAAGACUAAAGUUUGCUCAAUGGUAAAGGAAGUAUUUUAUGAAGUUAACACAGUCCAGACACGGUCGGGCAGAUGAAUACAGCAAAGGCAGAUAACAGCAUUUAAACAUUUCGGCUAAGAAUGUAACGUUAUAGCAUGAAUCGCACUCGGCCACGAUGGUGUGUUAGUGUGCGUGACGUCGGCAUCAGUGACGUAUUAAUGUAUGAAAUAACUGGUGGAAGAACAACGUGGCCUGUACCUGUACACACGCAAACGUAAAAUACAUGGAUGUAAAAGGAAACGUCGAAUAUGGGUGUACCUCUAGUCUGUGGAAGAAAGAACGACACAUCUGCGCAAUGUUCUGUAAAUAUUAAUACUGCAUAUGAUUUAAAUGCCAGAAAAAAAUGAACUAAGACGUAGUCCUUUGCUUUGUAAAUAUGUCAAUAUUUCAAGAAAUAGAAACCAAAAGCUUAUGCAUUUGUAAAUCUACUAGUUAUGUCAGUAAUUUAAAUUCAAUGUUAAUCGUUCUGAUUGAAUAUAUGCAUCUUAUAUAAUAAGUGACAUUAUAACAUAAUUGUGAUAGUGUGUGUCUAUUUUUUGUCAAUAAUGUUAUGCAAUGUCCACAUAUCGC